AUGUCAAAGUCGACCGUAAGCGAUUUGAUUGAAGAAGUGCUGGCUGCUUUGUGGGAAAAACUACAACCCCUGCAUAUGCCUAGCCCAACCAGGAAAAUUCUGAUGGAUUCCGCAGAAGAAUUUUAUUUUCAAUGGGACGUACCGCAUUGUGUUGCUUCCAUUGAUGUUUGCCACAUUCGCAUUAAAAAACCACCUAAAUCUAGUUCGAAUUAUUUCAAUUACAAGAAGUUUUUUUCGACACCAUUACAAGCUUUAGUAGACGUAGACUGUAAAUUUAUUAGUGUAGAUAUUGGUGGAUACGGCCAUCAACAUGACGCUGCAACUUUUAGAGCUAGUUCGCUUUACAGAGCUUUCACAAGUGGUCGACUCAAGUUCCCGGACGACGACUUUUUUCCCGGGUCUCAAGUGAUUGCCCCAUACUUCAUCAUUGGAGAUGGGGCAUAUCCCUUGAGCAGGAACCUUGUCAAGCCCCACCGUGGAAAUGAGUUGUCAGCAGAGGAAAGAUUUUUUAAUGAAAGGGUAUCGAGGGCGCGGAUGACCGUGGAGCGAGCUUUUGCCCUGCUCAAACAAAAAUGGAGAAUUUUCUACAAACCAAUCGAGCAGAGUUUGUAUAAAACGAAGCCCAUGGUGAAAGCAGCUUCAGUUUUGCACAACACGAUAAUCGAUUUGGAAACUCUCCAUUUAUAUCCGGCUCCGAUAGAAAGGGAUGCCAUCCAAGAACCAUAUGAACCAUUCACUGGAAUGUGA